GGCGACUCCCAUGAUGUUAGUAUUUUAUGCAACACUACUCAGUUAUUUUGAAUGAGACGACCGUGAACCGAAAUAUAAUCUCAAUAAGUGCAACUGAAAGCAACACAGCCACAGAGUCACCCAAUAAGCAACAACCUAAGUAAACAACGAACAUUGUGAUUGUCCUGUGUUAUUUUAUAUGUAAAUGACAUUGGUCGGAGGUAUAAAUCAGUGGUAAGAGUUGAACGGCUGAUUGAAAUGGCCUCAAAAGCAAAGAAACACAGAGAAGAGCUAAAGCAAGAGGACAUCCUUCAAGCUGUUGUGAUUGCCGACAGCUUUAAUGUACGGUUCACUCCAUUGACGCAGGAGAAACCACGAGUGCUGCUGCCUCUUGUCAACACACCCCUCCUCGAUUACACGCUCGACUUCCUCUGCUCUGCCGGCAUCGACGAAGUGUUCGUGUUUUGCUGUCAUCAUGCCGACCUCAUCAAGAGCCAUAUCAAGGCUUCGAAGUGGAGUAAGGACUCGUCUACCUGCCAGGUGACAGUUAUUGUCUCGGAAGACGUGAUGUCUGUCGGUGACUGCCUCCGAGACAUCGAUGCGAAGGAUCUCAUCACAUCUGACUUCGUUUUAAUUACCGGUGACGUCGUCUCUAACAUGGAUCUCGGUGCCAUCAUAGAGAAACACAAGGAGAGACGCGAGAAGGAGAAAUUCUGCAUCAUGACGAUGGUAAUGAAGAGGGCGCUACCAGGCCACAGAUCUCGCUGCGGUGAAACUGAUCCUGUACUGGCGAUAGACGUGGAUGGUGGUCGCAUACUCCACUACCAGAACACCCAGGGUGCAGGUAAGCGGUUAGAGUUUCCGACGCACGUCUUCUUGGAGCGUGGACAGGUGGCGCUGCAUUACGACCUCAUGGACUGUGAGCUGAGCAUCUGCUCUCCAACUGUCGCUCAGCUCUUUACGGACAAUUUCGACUACCAGACGCGUGACGACUUUGUUCGUGGCAUACUCAUCAACCAGGACAUCAUGGGAAACAUGAUCUACCUGCACCGAGCAGACGACACUUACGCGUCACGCGUCACCAACCUCUCCAUGUACGACGUCGUCAGCAAAGAUAUUUUGAGCCGGUGGACGUAUCCGCUAGUACCAGAUCUGACAGAGAAGGGUAGUUACAGCUAUGGCAGACACAACAUAUACCUUCACCAGGAAAAUGUGACACUGGCGAGAGGUUGUGAGCUCAGUCAAAACGUUGUCAUUGGAGAGGGCAGCACUGUCGGCAUGGAUACGCACAUAGCCAAUUCAGUGAUUGGUCGAAACUGUAAAAUAGGCAAGGACGUGAAAAUAGAGGGCGCCUACCUCUGGGACGGCGUCGUCGUCGGCGACGGGUGCAUCGUCGCACGCUGCAUCCUCGCGGAUGCGGUGCAGCUGUGUGAGCGUGUGACGAUCGAGGCGGGCUGCGUCGUCUCAUACGGCUGUGUGGUGGGACCCCACCGCGUCGUCCCUGCCGGCACCCUGCUCAGCCUCACACCGAUCUGGGACUUCACUCUCGACACAGCGGACGAGGAGGCUGAGGAAGAUGACGACGACGAUGACGCCAGCAGCUUCGCGAGCUCCCUCGACGACGACGACGGCGACGGCGGCGGGGGGCGGGACGACGUUGACGGGCGCGACAGUCCGCCGGCGGACGACGCGCGGCAGUUCUACGCAGAGGUGCUGGACAGCCUGCAGCGCGGCGUCGACGAGGACGUGCGCGCCGACAACCUCGUGCUCGAGGUCAACUCGUCCAAGUACGCCUACAACGUGACGAUGCGCGAGCUCAACACGCUGGUGACGCGCGCCGUGCUCGAGAUGCCGCACAUACGCGCGGGCGGCGACGACGACGCCGCCGCGCUCACGCCGCCGCAGCUGAUGUUACAGCUGAAGCCACUGCUAGUGAAAUUCGCUCCAAUUCUCAGCAAUUAUUUUAAGAGUGCCGAUUCACAACUUGAUUGCCUGAACGCGCUAGAGGAGUAUAGCCUGGGCUGCAGCAGUACGGCAGCAGUGCUGGCCAAGGUACUGCACUAUCUCUACAACGAGGAGAUCCUAGGUGAGCAGGUGAUCAUGCAGUGGUACACGAAAUGCCAGCAUGCCGACCUGAAGUCACAGGUGCAGCCAUUCAUCACGUGGCUUCAGGAGGCUGAGGAAGAAUCGGGAUCGGACGAGGAAUCGGAAUGAUGCAAGCGACGUGCGAUCUUACCUCGCCGAUGCAUUUAUUAUUGUAUUACACAAUGUUUUGUUGUAUAAACCAGCUUAUAAAAACAAGGGGGAUUUUUUUAGUGCAGGGUGAUUAUCAGAGGGUAUCAUUCGGAAGGGAAUAGGGAAUCUCAGAUGCGACUGUGUCUGUACGUGCGGUGUUUGGUAAAAUUGUAAAUCAAGAUGAAAAAAACACUAAUAAAACAUGACAAGUGAACAACAACAA